CUCCCUGGAGCCAUACCAGCAUUAGUAAACUUGCUGAAUAAAGGAACUUACAGAGGCAAGAAGAACGCCAUUGUCGCGCUCUUUGGCCUUCUACUGUUCCCUGGCAACCAUCCUAGGGUUUUGGCUACAGGAAUUAUACCGAUUCUCAUCGAUCUGCUGAUUGAUGAAAGGGAAGAUCUUGUUAAUGAUUGUGUCGGGGUUCUUGCAAAGAUUGCAGAGAGAAGAGAAGGAACCAAGAUGAUAUUAAGAUCGUCCUCCGAUGUGCUUCAAAAGCUUGUUCAGGUACUUCAUUCAGCUUCAUCUCGCUCUGGAAAAGAGUACUCGGUUUCUUUGAUGCUGUUUCUAUGUCUCAAUGGGGGUCAAAAGGUAAUCAAGCAGUUAGACGGCUUGCCACUGUUGAUGCCUUCGCUGUAUUCUAUCAUCGCUGGAGGGCCACCACAAGCUUCGAAGAAGGCGAGAACGCUGAUCAAUCACAUUCAUCAGAUUUAUGAUCAAGAUCAAGAUCAAGAUCAAGAUCACUCCAUUUCUGCGCUCACUUCGCCAUUGCAUGAUCAGAUGGUUCAUGCUCUCUAGUCUGUAUAUGUAAAUUUGGUCUACUUUUUUUUGUGAUCCCAGCUCGAAAUUUUUACACAGAGCUGAGAUAUAUGUAGUGUGAUAUAGACAUACAAGAGUGUAUAUAUGUACAAAAUGUAAGGCUUGCGAUUUUUUGAUGUAUAUAUUCGUAAUAAUUAAAGACUGU